GUGUGCUAGACAAUGGCUUCAUUCGAUAAUGAUUGACGGGGUCGGAGUAAUUAAAGAAAACAACAUCUGUUUAAUGCAUUAACGAUGUGUGAACAUCGUCAAGUUAGUUAUUAAUCAAAUAGGUUAUGUUGUAAAUUUUUGACGAAUUUUGCAAACACUUUGUAGGCAUAUCCGCGACAGAAUAAGUUAGUGCAAAGAGGGGGGAUAUUGUUCUUACUUUCAUCUGCAAUGACUGCCGCAACCGCCCUACAACGCCCGACAUCAGCCUAAACAUCAGCCUAAACUUAGAAAAUGUCGCGCAGUCGACUAUGCUUGAGGCAUCCGAGGAUCCUGCUUUGCUUCCACGGUUCGACAUUUCGCACGAUUUCGGAUUUUCCGACGUGUCUGCGUCAGAAGACAUAGCGCUCACCCGAACGUCCGAGUUCGAGCCUUUUGAUUUGACAAGAGCCGAAAUGCAACCGCCCGUUGUGAUCGACGAACGUAAUCUUACAGAGCCAGCUGUAUCCGACAGUGUACUAACUCAGCCCGAAACCAUAAAAUACACCGUUGUAGACGCAGGAACCAAAAGAGGCAAACCAAAGCUAGUAUCCUCCGAUGGAUAUUCAUUCACGUUUAAGAAACAGACAAAGAAGCAAGCUGUGUGGCGAUGCAGCGUGAGACGGAAAGCGUUCAUGUGUACCGCGUCGGUCACGCAAGAGGGUGACAUAUUUCAAGCGAAAGGGACGCACACUCACGCUGCUGACCCUUCGAUGCGGAAGAAAGUGGAAUUGAAACGUAAUUUGAAGACAGCGGCCGUGGCUGAUGUGUUCGCGGCCUCCAGUAGAUUGGUUGAUGACCAUAUAAAAGUUUUCGAGGCCACAUAUUUUAACCUGCCCAAGCCGCAGACAUUGACGAGGAUCCUCAACCGUGCCCGAGAAAAGCAUCGGCCAACAGAUCCAUCAUCACUUGACUUUGAGGUGGACACAGACUUCAUCGGAGAUGGUUUUCUACGCGGUGAUGUGCGUGUAGACGGGGAACGUCACCUCAUCUUCGCCAGCGACGAUCAGCUGAGCAGACUCCAGCAGUCAAACCGCCAGUUCGUCGACGGCACGUUCCAUGUCGUCCGGAAGCCUUUUUAUCAGCUUUAUCCGUGCACGCAUUCCUACGACACGAGGAUUGUCUGAAGCAGAUGCCUUUAUUCUUCGUGUUGAUGUCACGCAGAAGGAAGGUAGACUACCUCGCCGUCUUCCGGCACAUUUUGGGUUUGUGGCGGGAAGAACCACAAGUCCAAGGAUUCGUAAUGGACUCUGAGAUAGCAUUGUGGCAGGCGCUACGCGAAAUCUUCCCCGCAGCCCAGAUGAAAGGCUGCGUUUUUCACUGGAACCAGACUGUGCUGCGAUGCAUCAACGAAGUGAGCCUGAAGACUACGUAUGAGAGACGGGAGGCC